UGCAGCUUAGAUCUUCUCGUCAUUUUUGCUGUUGGUUCAUGUGUCGGACUUUCCAAAGGUCUCCUUGUCCGCAUGUUUUCGAUCAUCUCCAGCGCUCUCUCCCUGUUCGUUCAAUCGGCCGACGUCAACGAUGAUCUACCGGCUACCCCAACGGGCCCGGACCGCAUCACCACGGCAUACACAGUCCUCCUUCGCUUCCUCCCGCCGGAACUCGUUCUCAUCGUGGUCGAACUCAGCGAUCUGACCCACGUGGAGGACAUACGAGCAGAGCGACUUGUAGCUGCAGCAUCGCACGCUGCGCAAAACGAUGCGCACCACGUCUAUCUUGUGUCGAAACCUAUUCUGCGUGGAUGCGGGCCAGCGGAUGAGGUUAUAGCUGAGGGUGGGAUUCCGCUGCGAAUCAAAAGCGUUGAGUAUGUCAUCAAGAGUCGGGACCAGGGAUGGUGUAGCGAUGCUAGUCUUCAAGGCACAUACCGCGGCUCUAGCUGGUUCGAAGCUGCCAUCCUGCGCCUUCCGGAUGGCCACCGACCCGUAUCUCACAAGAACUACGAACCCGACUUUGAGGUCCCAGUAACUGACGACCACAAUGCGACACGUUGGCUGUUGCAAAAGAACUUUUGCGGUUCUAGCGACAUUCGAGAGCACUCUAUCAUUUGGAGCUCGGAAGAAUCGCCUGCGGAGUCUCCAUGGCUCGAGACAGGUGCCGGUAAUGGCGACGGUUUCGUGCAGAAACUGAGACACGGCGACUGCAUUGCCGUCUUUGCACGAGCGCGGGCAAGUUCUCCCGCACCUUUCUCAAUUAGCACUGAUGCCUGCCACCAAUAG